AAAACUCAUCCUCAGGGCCGCCUCAACACCGUUUCCUCUGCGCCACUCCAGAGAUCUCUUCACCACAGAACAGAAGCCACCAUGACCUCCGUGCGCCGCUCAGGAUUAUCCGCCAUGUCCCUCUCCUCAGCACCCUCAUACUCGAGCCCCCGCCGCGGUAUGAGCGUCUAUGGCGGCGCAGGAGGCAGAAAUGUCCGCGUGUCCUACGCCUCCAACGGCAUCGGCUCCGGCUUCGAUCUGUCGCAGGCGCUCACAGGCGGCGACAACAACAACUUCUCGGUGUCGGGCAGCGAAAAGGCGACAAUGCAGAACCUGAACGACCGCUUGGCUACCUACCUGGACAAAGUGCGCUCUCUGGAGUCAGCCAAUGCGCAGCUGGAGCGUCAGAUCCGGGAGUGGUACGAGAAGCAGACCCCCACCGUGAGGGACUACAGCAAGUAUGAGGCCAUUAUCGCCGAUCUGCGCAGAAAGAUAAGUUUUGCCAUGCAGGAUAACUCCAGGUUGAUGCUGCAGAUCGAUAACGCCAAAUUGGCAGCAGAAGACUUUAGAAUGAAGUAUGAGAACGAGCUUGCAUUGCGCACUGCGGUGGAGGCAGACAUCGCCAGGCUGCGCAAGGUUCUGGAUGAACUGACCAUUUGUCGGUCUGACCUGGAGAUGCAGGUGGAGGGCCUGAAGGAGGAGCUGGUCUUCCUGAAAAAGAACCAUGAAGAGGAGCUUGCAGCCCUGCGUCGCCACGCCACGACCAGCUCUGUGAAUGUAGAGGUGGAGGCAAAACCUCAGGAGGACCUGGGCAGGAUCAUGGAGGAAAUCAGAACUCAGUACGCAGGCAUCACUGAGAAGAACCGCCGUGAUAUGGAGGCCUGGUACAAAGUCAAGUUUGACGAACUGAAUAAGGAUGUGGCAUCUAGCACGGAGACUCUCCAGUCCUCACGAAGUGAGAUCAGUGAGCUCAAGAGGACCCUACAAGCCCUGGAGAUUGAACUGCAGUCCCAGCUCAGCCUGAAAUCUGCCAUGGAGGGUCAGCUGUUAGACACAGAGUCCCGCUACAGCCUGCAGCUGCGGCAGCUUCAGGCCAGGGUGGACAGCCUGGAGAGCGAGCUCAGCCAGAUGAGGGCAGACAUAGAGCGACAGGCCGCCGACUACCAGAUGCUGCUGGACAUCAAAACCAGGCUGGAGAUGGAGAUUGCAGAGUACAGACGACUGCUGGAUGGAGAGGAAGCACAGAAAGUAAAGGUUGUAGAGGUGAAAGAAGAAAAACGUAAACCAGUCAUCAGCCAGAGGACAAAGGUGGUGAUCGAGGAACUGAUAGAUGGAAAAGUGGUGUCCCGCACAGAAGAUGUGGACACAGCGAUCAUCAGCAAAUAGAAUGAGCCAAAGAAUAAAACAAAAACAUGCUUUCUUGUGUGCUGAAGUUUGCUGAAAUGAUCCAGGAGAAAGGUGACUAUUUAUGUCCAGAAUAUUUGUGCAGAUGCUUGCAGUUACUGUCAAAGAUAUUUUUUCUGGUUUACAGUUUGAAAAUAAAUCAACAAAGCGAAUAAAAUAAGUUUAAAAAACAGAUCAAAUAUCUACAUGAUGAAUAUUUCUUUAGACGUGUAUAACAAGAUGGAAAAAGUGCCUGCAGUACCACGUGUGUACACUAGAUGUCACUGCGACACUUUAAAAGUUCAAACUGGUGCAAGAGAACAGACAACUUUAUUUUUGUGUGCAGUCAUCAUCAGUAUAAAAGGUCAAUGGAUAGUUUAUUUUGAGAUUUUCUAUUAUUAAUGGUGUUUAAGGUGUUAAAAGGUAGUGUUUUAAAGGUGCUUUCAAAUGAAAUGUUACAAAAUUAUCACGCUUAAAUAAAAGUACUGUCAAGA